AGUCGGUGAGGAAAGAAAGCCAAAAGAAAAAAAAAGAAGUGAAGUGAUUGUACGCGUUUCUGCUUUCGUCGAUCCGCUGCUACAGAAUUUGCAACCUUUUUUUCCGAGUAGGGCCCGUAUUUUCGUUGAAAUUCCACCAAAAUGAGUUCGGCGGUAAUGUUGUUCGCAUGUUCCAAGUGUUUUUCACGCCAUCCGUUCGAGGAGUUGUCCCCCGGGCAACAACUUUGCAAGGAUUGUCGAGGAUCUUUUCCAAUCGUCAAGUGUACGUACUGUCGUACAGAGUUCCAGCAGACCAGCAAGGGAAGCACCGCCGCCAUUUGCAAAAAAUGUGACCAAAAUGUUAAACAGUAUGGAAAGCCGUCCGCUUGUGAUCUGUGCAACAUUAUCGCUGCAUUCAUUGGAUCCAAAUGCCAAAGGUGUACAAACUCCGAGUUAAAGUACGGACCAGCGGUAACAUGCGAUCAAUGCAAACAACGAUGUGCCUUUAAUAGGCCAGACUAUAAGGUCGAUGGAAAGCUACUAUGCUGGCUCUGUACUUUGUCCUACAAGCGUGCCCUGACCAAGGCACGCCAAGCGGAAAGCGAUCGUCGCCGUGCGAAGAAACGUGGAGCUGAGGGUGGCCCUCCACCGGCGUUGUCUUCGUCGGCAUCCGGUGCCGGUACGGGUAGUCGUGGAGGUACAGGCAGUAGCAGCGCCUCUACUGGUCCACUCGGAUCCAGUGCAAACUCUGGCAGCCGUGCAGAUAAUCGCAGCACCUCGGACAAGACCAAUAGCAGCAGCAACAGCAGUUCCAUGAACCGCGGCGGAGGAUCCAGCUUACCGCCACUGGGUGAUGUGAGUUUGGGCCCUGUCGAAAUGCCGGAACCUGUGCCCUCAUCAGUGGAAUCAUCUGCAACCGCAGGAAUGGAUCGAGUGGACAACGCUCGUAAUGACAACGGGCGGCAUUCGUCCAGUAAAAAGCCCCGUACCGAUAUUAAACCGGGCUCGGAGGCACCGGAAAAAUUGGGUCAUCACAAGAGCUCCCACCACCAUCAUCAUCACCACCACUCGAAAUACGUCGAUCCGCACAGCUCGGAUCAUGUCAUAGCGAUGACACAGCUGAAGGAAACGAUUGCCACGCUGCAGCGUAAAAUCAAGCAAAAAGAUGGUAUUAUUUUGGAGAAAGAGAAGGAGAUCAGCGCAUGGAAGGGAAAGCAUUUAUACCUAGAGCAGGAUUUGAUGAAAAAAUACAAAGAUAUGGAGAAGAACUACGAGUUCAAGCUGGAAGUGUUGAACAAGAAGCUCAAAUCCCAACUGCUGGAGAUUGCCCAGCUGUCGAAGGCCGCUAAGGAUGCCGCCGAGAAGAGGAAGAAACCGAUUGGAUUCCUGGCCACCACCAAGUUGCACAAGCUCAAGCCAGAAACGAAGGAGAAGGAACGCGAGAAAACCUCCGGGCGAAAUCGGAUCAUCGAAGAUGAAGAUGACGAUGAAGAGAAGGAGGACAAGGAAAAUGAGAGUGACAGAGGAGAAUCUGGCGCAAACACUCCAAAAGAUACUGGGAAGGAAAGUCCUCGCGAUGUCGAUUCUGGUAAGGAAAGUCCCCGUGACUCCGACAAAGAAGAUGAGAAGGAUGAUGAAAAUGAUAAAAAGGACAAAAAAGAAAGUGAGUCCGAUAAGGAGAAGGAUGAUGAGCAGAGUAAGAGCAAUGGGUCUGUUAAGGGCGGAGAGGAUUCUGAUAAGGAAAACGAUGAAAAGAAAGAUGAUCAGAAGGAAACAGAGAAGGAUGAAGAUAAAGAAAGCGAUGAAAAGGAUCGAAGCUCCGACAAAGGAUCCCGUCAAAAUUCUGAGCAUGGCUCCGAGAAGGGAUCUGACAAAGGAUCGGACAAUGAGUCGGACAAAGAAUCUGAUCAUGAAUCUGACAAGGAAUCAGAUCGUGGAUCCGAGAAGGGCUCAGCUAAAGGAUCGGAUCGUGGCUCUGACAAAGGAUCUGAUCGUGGAUCCGAUAAAGGCUCAGAUCGUGGUUCCGAUAAGGGUUCGGACCGUGGAUCAGACAAGGGAUCGGAUCGCGGUUCUGAUCGUGGCUCAGAUCGCGGUUCCGAUAAAGGAUCCGAACAUGGCUCUGACAAAGGAUCCGAUCGCGGAUCAGAUAAAGGUUCGGACCAUGGAUCCGACAAAGAAAGUGACAACGAAUCCGAUGAUCGAUCUGCCAAAGGUAGCGGCAAGGACAGCGGAUCCGACAGUGGAUCGGAUCGGGAUAGUGACCGUGACUCAGAUUAAAUCUGAAGCUGCUUCUCAGCAUUUGAAAACGGUCGUUUUAUUACAAACGGACAAGAUUAAUGUUAUCCUCAAACUUUAACUUAUAAGAUAUAUCUCUAGAUCGUAGACUCAUACGCACUAUCCUUUCUUUAGUUCUUUCCUUCUCCCUGCUCAAAAGACCCUCCAUUGUUUGUUGUAAAACAAAAGAAAUCCCUGUUGUUUAACCCAAUCCUUUAUUCAAAUUCAACUCAAUCCGAUCAUUGAAGCCAUCUCUUCCGGUUUGCAUCAAUUGCUACAAGUUACGGUUACAAUGAUGUAAUGCAUGUAUUUCCAGUACUUCUUUUUUCCACUGCUGUCUGACAACUUUUUGAGCCGAAAAAAAGGCAGACAUUCAGAAAAGGUUCUUGUUAACACCACCCCAUAGGUCGUAAGAAUUCUUUCCCAAAUCUGUCCUAAUUUAUAAUUUACAUUUUAAAGUCGAUUUAAUUAGAAGAAAAACUUGUAAUGAACAGAAUACUUAAAGGAAAAUCAAAUAAAAAUUGACGAGGGAAA